AUGGACGCCGCGCCACGCGAGCGGAGCUUGCCGCGCCUGGAGGCGACGUUCCUCGCCAUCUUUCACCCGGUCGAUGGCCCGAAAGUGCUAUUUCAGAUGCCGGAGGAUACGUUUUCAGCCUGUUCCACGCCCGACAUGCCUUUCGCCCGGGUCCAGCGUGGCCCGAUGCUUGAUUUUGCGUCGCUCUCCGACUAUGUGAUCCCCAAAGAGCCGCUGUGUGGUCAUAUGAUCACCUGCGAAGUGCGCUCACGUUCCUCCGCACACUCGGGCUGCAGCUACAAAGUGCUUGGGUUUCCAGUGAUGUUGCAGCAAGCAGACAAAUACCAGCGCAACAACUUUAUCUUCAACCUGUGCUUUGUAUUCGAUAGUCGCGCUAUCAUCACGGCGUACGAGCCCAUCGUCCGCAAAUGCGGCCGAGCAUUGCGUGCACUUGAAGAAGAAAGCUCGUUUGUAUCCAAACUAGAAAAUCUGCCGCGACUCUAUGGGAUCGUCGAACAGCUGUACGAGGACCUCAAUGCGUAUUGCGAAACGUUUAUCGCGAUCCCAGAGGAGGCGGAGCCCUUUCACUUAGCCAAACCCGGAACAGUGCAGCCGAAUCUUACCCUUGUCGAUCCAAAGGAGCUCAACGCUUUGCUCGCCCGUGCUUCAGGACCACAUGCACGUGUAACGCAUGCAGAGCUCGGCGAGGCACCCAAUCUCGAGCACAGCGAUGCAAACGUUCACGCACACACCGAAUCGUCGCAGUCACACGCGCCACACGGGCUCGGGCACCCAGUGCGCGACGCAAUCAAUCUCAAACUAUUUCCGUCCUACCCUAACCCUCGCCACGUGAACGAAUGGGACGUGCCUGUUGUCUUGCUCAACAUUCGCAAGCACGCAAGUGGGAAUUGGGAUUUGACGCUUGUCAAGCUGCUGCCUUACAUUGACGGUGUCAAUCAUGUGCAGCGCAUUGCACAGCUUGCCGAUACAGAUCUAGCGCUUGUGAAGCAGUGCAUCGAGCACCUUGUGUACUAUUUUCUCGCGACCCUCAUCGAUAUCUUCCAAUUCUCCAACAUGUACGCCGUGCGCCCGCAAAUUGCGAACUUCAUGGAGGAUGAGCAGAUUGGGCGCGAGUGUGCUAUUUAUGUCACGCUGCCGAAUCAUGAGACACUCCCUGUUGCGAUCGUUUGGCGCCUGUAUGCCGCAUUGCAAAUCGGGCGCACUGUACAAGAGUGGGCAGAAGAGAUGCCCGAAUGGACACAGUGCAUUGAUAUACGGAGGUUUAUCACGUUUGGCGUUCUCAAGGGCUUUUUGCGGCGCUUGCACAGAUACCCAUACCUUGUUCACCCCAAUGAGGAUUACACCGCAGAAGUCGAGUCAGAAUGGCCGCGCAGGAAUACCGAGGUCAUCGCGCCGACGUCUGCACUGAGCGCCACGAUGCAUGCAGGUGCGCCUUCUGCGCGGAAUGCCGCAUCUUCCUGGCUUUGGUUUAUGGGCGAGACGCCGAAUGCAUCGAACACGCCGCUGGACGUGCCAUCCGGCGACUCUGCGCCGUUUAUGUCUGCAUUCCUACGCGGCGAAACGUAUGCACGUAGUGCUGCAAGAACUGCGCGCGGGCCGCGCCGCACUGCGCCGCACAGGCCAACUGCAACGGCAGUGGAUGUAGCAAAAAUUGCGUACGAUGCAGUUGGUGCGCGCGUCUCGCGGUCUGGUGCAUGUACACGCUCCAAAUGCGGCGAACGCGACGUGUCUGUGCCAGUGCCUACAGAUUUGCCCGCGCUCCUGGACGGCAUGCACUGCGACGACGAACUCUGCGUAAGGUUUAGCGUUAGCUGGAGCGAGCUGCUACUUAUGCUACAGUGGAUUGGAUCGCCAUUUGCCGUGCCGGAAAAGGGCCGGCUCGACGCUGGGGGCGAGCGCUCUCCGAUCUCUGGCUCCUGGACGCAGCGAAGCCGAGAAGGGAGCGCGUUUUCGGGGUACAGUGCACGUGCGCGCAACCUAGGUGGUGCACGGCCCUCCUUUUACGAUCAGGCCUUCCCCCCGCUUAGUACGCCAGCCAGCACGAGCGACCCCUUUGCAACGCGCGAUGUGCCGAGCCGCUUCGACAGUAUCAAGAGUCGGCUGCAGGUCAAGUACUACCCAAGCGCGUGGGCAUGUGCACGUGCUGUGGUACAUAAAGAAGGCGUGCGUGGCCUGUUCCGUGGUGUGACCAUUCCUGUGAUCACCAUUACUUUUGUGCGAACGUCGUCGUUUAGUAUCUAUACCCAAACGAAGCAAUGGUUGGGGCGCACAUUUGGGCCGCUUAAUGAACGUGAACUAUGGCGCACUGCGUUGUACGGCAGCAUCGGUGGUAUUACGAGCGGAUCCGUGAUCAGUUUUGCGUCCGCACCGUUUGAGCUGGUCAAGGUGCAGCGCCAACUCGAGUUCCUUAUCUACGCGCAGCGCCAGAAAUUUGCGCAACCAGGGCAGCCCAUACAGCCAUUUAAGGCGCAGACGGGAUUCCAAGCCGCGCUCGAUAUGUACCGCACGCACGGUGGACUGCGUGGCUUUUAUCUCGGGUUCCAAAUGCACAAUCUGCGCGAUAUGCUUGGCACCGCACUUUACUUUGGCAUUUACGAUACGCUGCGUGCAAUUGGAAACCGCAUGGAGGCACAGAAGCAAACGUUUGGGAUGCCGAGUCCGAUGUUUUCCUUCCUGAUCGGCUCCAGCGCUGGGAUUCUCUCUUGGCUCCUAGUGUAUCCCGUGGACCUGAUCAAGACACAGGUGCAGCGAGACGCACUGGCUGGUGUGCCGCGCACGAGUGCUAGGAAUGUGUUCAAAAAGCUCUUGCACAAUGGAUCGAGUACGGGCGCAACAGACAAGCACGCGUUCAAACUCUUUGGUGUUCCUGCGCACAAUUUCUUGCGCCUGUACCGCGGCUUGGGCAUUAGCGCAGUACGAAGCUUUAUUUCGCACGGCAUUACAUGGAUGAUUAUCGAGCACAUCUCGCGCGAGCUACGCAAGGUCGAGCCCUUGCAGGCCAAGUACAAUACAGAGGCAUUGGACUACCUGGACUAUCAAUAG